GCACUGGAGUCGUCCGAGCCCCCAACCCAACUCCCUGCUCCGGUGGGUCCCCAAUCCCCAUCCCGAGCUCGCGACUCCGAGGGCGCCGAGAGCCGCCGGCGAGCGAGGGGCGACGAGGGGCCGUGAGGUGCUACGGGCAACGCGCCAGACGGAGACGGCCGGGCUGGCCGAGGUUAAGGAAGACGCCGACGGCCUCCAAAGCUCGUUUCCUCUCGUCCGACGACAAUCCCUCAGCGCCGGCGACGGUCGGCCGACGAGGACCGGUGAGGAAUUGCCUCUGCCUAUCGAUCAACAGCUCAAACUAAUAGCGAUCCGAUGGAAACCAACAGAAGCCAGCUUGGUCCAAUCGACCCACGAAGAGCCCGCUUUCCUUGUUGUAUAGUAUGGACUCCUAUACCCUUCAUCACAUGGCUAGUGCCCUUUAUCGGCCACAUUGGUAUUUGCAGAGAAGAUGGUGUAAUUUUGGACUUCGCUGGUCCAAAUUUUAUAUCAGUUGACAACUUUGCCUUUGGAGCUGUUGCACGCUACAUUCAAGUUAACGGUGGUGAAUGCGAUAAGCUUCUUGAACCUGAAGGGGAGGCCACAUGGGACGAUGCGCUGAAGAAAGGUACGCAGGAGUUCCAGCACAGGAACUACAACCUGUUCACCUGCAACUGUCACUCCUUUGUUGCGAACAAUCUGAACCGGCUGUUUUACUCCGGCCAAGACAAAUGGAAUGUGGUCAGCCUGGCUGCGGUAAUGUUCUUAAGAGGCCGCUGGGUAAGCUUUGCGGCUCUGGUGAAGACCUUCUUGCCGUUCGCGGUCGUGCUCUCCAUUGGUACACUCCUUGGCGGCACGACCUUCCUGAUCGGCCUACUUGCUUUCGCUGGCGUGAUGACUGGCUGGUUCCUUGUGGGCACCUACUGCAUCAAGCGCCUCAUAGAGUUGUAGUUAGAGUACAUAAGGCUUGAGUUUGGGAUGCAAGAGCGCACAAUUUUCGUUGUUGGUACCUUACUGUAUGGUUUAUUCUUGACUGGAUCCAUCUUUGGAGCUGAAUGAAUUGUGUGGUUAUUAUUCUGGUAA